AUGGCGUCGACAGCGCAGCCAGCAGAAAAGAAGAAGCAGCCCAGCCCUCUGCGAUCCGUCAUCGCUGGUUCAACGGCUGGUGCCAUUGAGAUUGCUAUCACUUAUCCUGCCGAAUUCGCAAAGACCAGGUCACAGUUGAACAGACGGUUAGCCGAGGGUCAGAAGCUCCCUUGGCCUCCGUUCGGAAAGCAGUGGUAUGCUGGAUGCACCACUCUGAUCAUUGGCAACGCAGCUAAGGCUGGAAUCCGAUUCGUGGCAUUUGAUCAGUACAAGGCGCUGCUGGCUGACGAGAAUGGCAAGCUCUCUGGACCUCGAACGGUCAUUGCUGGUUUCGGUGCUGGAGUAACAGAGUCAUUGCUCGCCGUUACUCCCACCGAGAGCAUCAAGACCACACUCAUCGACGACCGCAAAUCUGCCAAACCUCGAUUGCGCGGGUUCCUACACGCCGUCCCCAUCAUCGCUCGCGAGCGCGGUCUCCGAGGCUUUUUCCAAGGCUUCGUCCCCACGACUGCCCGACAAGCUGCCAACAGCGCAACCCGUUUCACCGCCUACACCUUCUUCAAGCAAAUGGCCGAGUCGUACACAGCACCAGGCGAGAAGCUUGGCGUCGUGGGAACAUUCGGAAUUGGUGGUCUGGCCGGUUUGAUCACCGUGUACGUCACCCAGCCGCUCGACACUAUCAAGACGAGAAUGCAGAGUAUCGAGGCGCACAAGACAUACGGAAACAGCUUCAAGUGUGCGACAACUAUCUUCAAGCAGGAGGGUGUCUUGACCUUCUGGAGCGGAGCGCUACCCCGAUUGGCGAGAUUGAUUGUUUCAGGAGGAUUGGUCUUUACGGCGUAUGAGCAGAUUCAGGUGUGGUUCACCAAGAUAGAUCCAGAGGAGAAGUACAUCUAA